AGUACCAUAUAAAACAUGUCCCAGCCCGGUGUUCAACCACAGCUCGAGACCACCAGCAUGUUGAAGGCUCUUCUGUGCUGCCUCCUCGUUGCGGGAGUUACUGCUAUACCAGCUUGGGAGCCCAACAGCCGAUAUGUAUUCAAGGUACAAGGACGUGCACUUACAGUUCUGAACGAAAAUGGCGACCAACAUACUGGAAUUAUGAUUAGAGGAGACUUGGUUAUUGAACCAAGGACCCGGAAAGAACUCAGGGGGGAGCUGUUAGGGGUCCAAUAUGCUUCAGUAAACAUGGUGAUGCCAUCAGGCUGGCAAGAGAUCGUCCCUAAGAAACACCUGAAAUGGCAACACCUCGCAAUGAAUAACAAGCCAUUCGAACUCAAACUCAAGAAUGGUUUAGUUGAGAGUCUGAACGUCUCGGGGUCUACAAAUGAGUGGGAAACCAACAUGUUAAAGGCUAUUCUAAGUCCUCUUCAGGUCAACACACAGGGUGCAAGACUCGUCAAAGACAGUCAGUACACUCUACCUGAAGCUAACUCCAGCAAUGCAGUUUUUACAGCGAUGGAAAGUACGGUGACUGGCGAAUGUGCCGUUGUGUACGACAUCUCCCCGCUACCAGCAAUCGUACUUCAGCAACAGCCGGAACUAGCCCCUCUGAGUAACGCCACUGAUGGAGACAUCUUUGACGUCAUCAAAUCUCAAAAUUUCUCAAACUGCGACGAAAGACGCGGUCUGCAUUUCGGUGUUACUGGACUGGAUAAAUUUGAACCCGGCCAGAACAGCAUGGGCGAAUUUAUGUCUCAUUCUUCGUUGACUCGGGUGAUCAUCAACGGGACCCUGAACAGAUUCACCAUCCAGUCGUCAGUCACCACCAACAAGGUCCUCGUGAACACUGAACUAUACAACAGCCUGCAGGGAAUGAUUGUCAGUAGCGUAAACCUCACCAUUGACUCGAUUGAACCUUCGGAACAAAUCUCGGCUCCUGUGAAUCCUCGAAAUGCCGGGGACCUCGUGUACACUUACAACAACGCAUUCGGCGAUGAACCAGUCGUAAGAAACAAGAGCUCUAGCAGAUACUCUGCAGAUAGUGACAGCAGUAGCAGCAGCAGCAGUAGCAGCAGCAGCAGCAGCAGCAGCAGCAGCGAAGAAGGCUCCAAUAGCACAAGCAGCAGCAGUAGCAGUAGCAGUAGCAGUAGCAGUAGCAGUAGCAGCGAAGAACGAACCAAAGUCGACAGUUCAAAGAAAACAGUUCUAAAGGGCCUGAAGAAAAGAAUUAGUAACAGGAAUCCAAAUGCCAGCGACGAGGAUGACGACGAAGCUGAAACGUCUGGUUCUCAGGAGGCCCAGAAAAUCAGAAGAUUCGGUCGAUCAGUGAAUCGCAAAUCACCCACUAAGAAAGAAUCCAACAAGAAAGGCGAAGAUAGUAGCAGUAGCAGUAGCAGUAGCAGUAGCAGUAGCAGUAGCAGUAGCAGUAGCAGUAGCAGUAGCAGUAGCAGUAGCAGUAGCAGUGAAGAAGACAAGGAACGAAGAAAAUCCACUAAUCCGAAGAAAGUUAAUUUAUCCAAAAAUAAAAAUAAUAAUAAAGACGGGGAUACUAAUGACUCGUCAAACGAUCGCUUUGGAAGAUACAGAAGAUCAUUGGGGUCUAGAGAAGAAUCCUCAAAUAGCAGCAGCAGUAGCAGUAGUGAGGAAAACGACGAGCAGCCACGACCAGCGACCGAUUCUGCACCCGACAUACCAUUUCUCCCAUUCUUUGUGGGGAUUCAAGGAAAUAAAAUUGGUAUUUCCAAAAAAAUUGACGUCGUUAAAACCGUAGUCAAACUUGCCACCAAAAUUGGCAGUGACUUAGAAAAUCCCGGUUCUUUAAUCGAUGAAAACACCCUCGCUAGAUUUACCAUCAUGGCAAGAAUUAUUCGCACUAUGGACCGUAACCAAAUAGCGGAAGUCACAAACGCCCUCCAGUUCCGGGUUCCAAAGAACCCAGAUCGCGGCGACAACAUCAAAAUUACAGCUUGGGAAUCCUUCCGCGAUUCCGUUGCGCAAGCCGGAACCAUCCCAGCCCUUUCAGCCAUCACUGACUUCAUCCGUAGGGGCCUUAUACGAGGAGAAGAAGCAGCUGAGGUUGUCGCAGUUUUGACUCUCGCAGUCCGUACUCCUACUCCCGAUUAUAUCGAUCUAUUAUUCGAGUUGGUCACAGAUCAGAGGACUAAACAGCAGAUGUACCUUAAUUGCACAGCAGUACUUACUUUCUCAGAAGUUCUACAUGAGGUUGCCGUCAACAACCGAAGUGCAAACUUACGAUACCCAGUGUACACUUUCGGUCGCAUGGUUCCUAAGGAAUUUCCUCCCUUGAUAGAGAAAUACAUCCCAUAUUUGGGCAACGAAUUCCGGAAGGCCAUAGAAGAGGGAAACAGUCAAAAAAUCCAAUUAUACACACGUGCGCUUGGAAAUUUGGGUCAUCCUAUGAGUCUCCUUUACUUCGAACCUUGUCUGGAAGGUCGGAUAAAUGUGUCUAGCUACCAGAGACUUCUCAUGGUCUCGUCUUUGAAGAAACUGGCUAACGCAUAUCCCGAUAUCGCCAGUUCAGUCUUACUCAAACUCUUCGAGAACAUCGGGGAAAAUAAUGAAAUUCGUAUAGCAGCUUUAUCCCUAUUGAUGGAAACAAAACCAUCAUCAUUUAUACUCCAGAGAAUAGCCGAAUAUACCGACAUGGAUACCAGCAAAGAUGUCGUCUCAGCUGUCCAAUCCGCUAUAAAAUCUGCUGCAAACCUUCAAGAAACCUUUACGCUACCAAUGGCUAAAAAUUCAGAGGCAGCUACAAAUCUCCUGACGCCUCAAGAAAUGGAUCUUUCAUACUCUACAAAUCUUAUGACAAGUUUCAAAAUGGAGAACGUGAAAAUUGGGUACGAGGAUGUCUUCAGUUACAUUGGAAGCAAGGACAGCGUUUUCCCUAAAGCCUUAUUCUUUAAACUCUUCACUAGUAUAGGUGGUGACACAACUGAGCAAUUAAACAUCGUAUCAAUGUUAUCUAGCGUCAGAGACACUCUAAAUCUCAUGAAAGAUCAAUUUGGAGAAUGGACCGAGCACUGGAGACCUUCAGACAAGAAACCAACACACAAAAAAUCAGGCCCUAACUGGACCGACGAGGAACUUGAUAAUCUCCUGGGAAUUUUAAAGGGGAACAUGGAACAAAUAGAAGGAAGCAUCCUCUUUAACUUAGCAGGAGGUCGGAGGUUUUUGCCAUUUGAUGACAGCACAGUGGAGAAUGUUCCUAAGUUUGUGAAAAGGAUAGCACAGAUGUAUAAACAUCCAUGGAAGUUCAACUACACAAAAAUCCACGACAGAUAUACUUUGAAUCUUGGUUUCCCAAACGCGAUGGGUUUACCUUUUGUUUUCACACUUGAGGUACCGACGAUCGUAAAGAUUGCAGCCGAAACAAGUCUCCGCUCACAACCAGAUCUGUCGCAGGGAUCGGACAAAAUGGUUGUGAUCCCUGAAACUCUGAACGUCACAACAAACUUGCAGUUUACGUAUCACUUCAAACACGAGAGCAAGAUUGGUUUCCUCACUCCAUUUGACAAUACUCAGUACAUCGCUGGUUUGGACAACGCCGUCUUAUACAAUAUCCCGCUGGAAGUUAAGAUUGACGUGGAUCUACGAAAGAACAAUUUCAGCCUAACUCUCAAGCCGACAAGUGACGAGAGCGUAACAGUAAUGCAAUCAAGGAUGCAGCCCUAUACGAGUAUACACGACACCCUUAAUAUUAUCCCCGUAAUGGAAGACAGUCGAACUAAACCAAUUCUCUUGGGACCAACCAGGCAGUUCGAGAAGCUCAUUGGACAGAAGACUGGACUUAUUUUCCGUUUGCAAUCAGAAACAGAUCAAGAAUUUCCAGACAUGAGCACGCCACUUAACAUGUUUAACGCAAUUCCGGACGCCAAAGCUAGAUUUUACUUCGGUUGGGCGAGGCGAGCAAUCUUUUAUAAUAAUGUUGCCCUCGUAUACGAUACAGAACUCAGCACUGCUGACGUUGUUAAAAUAUCUGCAGUUUACGGUAACAACAACGAAGUUGAAGCUGAUUUUGAAGAUGAAGAUAAAUUACCUAAGUCAAAGAAGGUUAAGGGUCGAAUGUCACGAAGUCCGCCGAUGAAACAUAGGCGAAGCAACUUAGAAGAUGAAUCUGAUUUCAACAACCCCGCAGAUCCGGAUUGGAGGACAUUACCUGACUGUCCUCAUCGGCGAAAGGAAUUUCUUUCAAGAUCUGCUUCUGCUGCCGGAAAUGCUACUUCUGCUGUUAUUGACCUCGGUGUGAGAUUCGAGGGAGAAACAAACGCAGAGUUUGUGUUAACGGUGGCUGCUGCUUCGUCAGUAGUUAACGGAAAUAAAAGUCUUCUAGUCUUUCUCAAGACUCAACCAGCUCAAUAUCCAGAUCUCCCAGACAAGCAGCAGUUUCAGAUAUGCUUAGCUUCAAACAUUUCGAUGCCUCAAGUACCAAAAAUCAACUUCCACGAAGCCCUGAAAUUCGAUCCUAAUUCCUCAGUGCGAGCUAUGCUGAGUAUUGGCAAAACAUGCAAAGACGGAGGUACAAUACUAUUAAAGGGCGAGAUGGAACAGACGGAGAGGCGUAAGAAAUCUAUUGCCGAUAGCCCAAUGGCCAAGUUAUGCGAGUCACAGAUGACUAAAAAGAAUUAUUUGCUACCGGCCUGUCGAAAUGUCACUGAGUUGGCUAACAAUCUUGAUCAAUAUCACUUUGAAAUUACAUCAGAAGGCGUACUUGAAACUUUUAAGAACGAAACAUACACGAAACUGUACAGCACAGUUCGUCAUUUGCUAUAUCCUUACGUCACGGAAGAUAUCUAUCCACAAAAUCCACAAGAAGACAGUAUAGAUAUUGUUGUUAACGUAAAUGAACAAAGUACUGCCUUAAAUGUAACCAUGGAAACACCAAUAUUGAACGUCAAUUUCUCUAACGUUUUCUUGAACCAACUUACGAAAACUCUCCUCAACAUCAAUCCACAGAGCACAACCAUUGAUCGACUUGGGAAACACGCCCUUCCACUCUACUAUAAACCUACGUGUGUUCUUGACAGUACAAUGGCCAAUACGUUUGAUAACAGAACGUACCCCAUCGAGCUUGGAGAUUGCUGGUACGUUAUGAUGAAGCUCGUUCCGAAACUUGGAGGAAUUACGUCUCAUACACGAAGUUCUCGCCAUCCCCAGGAGUACCUGAAUAGACUCGAUCAAGUGACAGUUCUAGUGAAGGAAGUUGGUAGAAAUAAGGAAUUGCGGGUGUUACUUAGUUCCGCCAGUUUUGAACUGCGUCCUGUUAGCCGUUCUGGCCGGGGUGACGCCGUCGUAGAACUCGCAAUGAACGGUAACCCUGUUCGCUUCACGUCAUCCAGUACGACGCAACUUUACUCAGACGACGUGCUGAUGGCUGAAGUAUACGGUCUGCCGGGUGGAUCAGUGCAUCUCAAGUUCCCUAACAACAGCUUGGUAAUCAUCUACGAUGGGGUACGCGUCCUACUCCAAGUUAGCAACGAGUACCGCGACCAGGUUAAAGGACUGUGCGGAACUUUCGACGGAGAACCUGUCACUGACUUCAAAACGCCGAAGAACUGCAUUGUGGCUGAUCCAGAUUACUUUGUAACCAGUUACGCAAUCGAUGACGAUUCAUGCCAAGUCCCAAUCAAGAAGAUGAAGGAGUUUGGAGAGGAAGAAACUUGUAUCCAGGAAAAGGUUUACUUUGUUGACGCCGUACCUAAACGUCAGUCGAAGACUGCUCGCCAAAGAGGAUUCGACACCUUUCAAACUGCCAAUGAUUCCUCAUCAUCAUCAUCAUCAUCUUCCUCUUCAUCUUCCUCUUCAUCUUCAUCGUCGUCCUCUUCGUCUUCAGAGUCCAACUCCACUUCAAGUUCCAGCUCCAGCUCCAGCUCCAGCUCCAGUUCUGAAUCAAGCGAAUUUAUGAAGACCAAGCAUUCUAACAAACCCGACAACAGAAUUCCCGGUCAUUACCCGAAACACAUCGGAAGUAGCGUCACAUACAAGACCGUUAUCGUUACAGAAAACGAUAAAAGUUGUUUCAGCAAACGUCCCCUGCCCACGUGCAGUACCGGAUACGACACGACGGCCAUGGUGGAGAAGUCCGUACCGUUCUACUGCACGUCAAUGAAGGCCAACGCUGAACAUUACACCAAGAUGGUUCAGAAGGGCGCCAGACUUGAUUUGAGCAAGCAGAACGAAUCUACGUACAUCUCUGUUCAAGUUGCAGUUAAAUGUGCCUUAAGUCCAACAGCUUAAGAAAUGAUGUCGAAAUCCCAGAAACUCUUGUCUUCAGAUUAAAAUACGCAGCGAUCAAAACUUUUUUUUUAACAAAACUGAUGAUGUUACAAAAUUGUAUGUAAAGAAAUUUAUUUAUGAGCAUAAUAAAUGGUUAUGAAUACCACA